CGAAGUGGCGGAGGCGGCGGAGGGCCAGGCCGCGAGGCGGCGGUGGCCGGGGCUAGCCAUCCAAGGGCCCAGACCGGCCGCGGAGGCUGGCGUCGGCGGGCGUCACUCUUGGUGGAGGUGGCGGAACUCUCCGCCCGGCCGCCCACAGCGACGGCGGCACUCUCGGCUUGCCCGCCCGCGCCAGUGGCACUCUUUUCACACCGUUAGGGCGACGGGCCUAAGACUAUGUGGGAAGGAACCAGGCAGCGGGACUUUCCCGCAGAGAUCAUGGCCUUGAAAGAAAUUUCUUGCAAUAAAUGCUUUGGGGGAUCUCAGAAGGUGUUUGAACAUGACAGUGUUGAGCUGAAAUGCAAAAUGAAGUUUGGGAUUUAUUUGCCCCCCAAGGCAGAAACUGAGAAGUGCCCUGUGCUUUACUGGCUCUCUGGAUUAACAUGUACAGAACAAAAUUUUAUAACAAAAUCAGGUUUCCAUCAAGCUGCAGCUGAACACGGCCUUGUUGUAGUAGCACCAGAUACCAGCCCACGUGGAUGCAAUAUUAAAGGAGAAGAUGACAGCUGGGAUUUUGGCACUGGAGCUGGUUUUUAUGUAGAUGCCACUGAAGACUUGUGGAAAAAUAAUUAUCGAAUGUACUCCUACAUAAAAGAUGAGUUGCCUAAUCUGAUAAAUGCCAAUUUUCCAGUUGACUCUGGAAGGAUGUCUAUUUCAGGCCAUUCAAUGGGAGGCCAUGGAGCUCUAAUUCUUGCUCUGAAGAACCCUGGAAAAUAUAAAUCCGUUUCAGCAUUUGCACCAAUCUGCAAUCCAAUUCAGUGUCCAUGGGGGAAAAAGGCUUUUAGUGGAUAUCUAGGAUCAAACGUAAAGGACUGGGAGGCAUAUGAUGCUACAUAUAUUGUGAAGUCCUACCAAGGUUCCCCUUUGGAUAUUUUAAUUGAUCAAGGCAAAGAUGACCAGUUCCUUCUGGCAGGACAGUUGCUGCCUGAUAAUUUCAUUGCUGCCUGCACAGAGCAAAAAAUCCCAGUGGUUUUAAGAUUGCAGAAGGGUUAUGAUCACAGCUAUUACUUUAUAGCGACUUUCAUUAGUGACCACAUCAGGCACCAUGCAAAAUAUCUCAGUGCUUGACUGAAUACUUGCCAUGGACAUCUCCUGACAUUUGAAGAUAUCAGUGGAAAUAACAACUAUUCGUAUUUGUAUAAUUACUUAAUUAAAUGAGAUCCUGAUUUCAUGUCUCAAA